AUGUCUCAUGAUGGUAAUAGCAUCGAGCUGGAGCCUUCGGGCAAACAGCAAGCUAUUCCUGUGAGCGUCGAUGCAUCAGCCAGACCAGCCGAGGAAAGUGGCAUCUAUAGCGUGACACGAACACGCAAGGUGUUUUCCUUCUCACAGCUAUUCGCGUUCUCGUUAACGUACAUGGCGUUGUGGGAAGGCAUGUGCUCGAACAUGUACUUUGCCCUGUUCAAUGGCGGCCCACAGACCUUCAUCUUCAGUUUCAUAAUUGUUUUCUUCGGUGCCAUCGCCCAGGCUGCCUCUUUGGGAGAGAUGGCUUCCAUUCAGCCUGUGGCUGGCGCCCAAUAUCACUGGACAUAUUACAUGGCCCCUCCAUCUGUCAAGCGAUUUGCGACCUGGAUCCAAGGAUGGGCGACAUGGUUCGGUUACAUCUCCCUGUUGGCAGCCAUCGCCAACGUCACCAUUAUUCUCCUUGAGUCGAUGAUCAGUAUCAACCACCCCAACUAUGUUGCUGGCGGUUGGCACACAUCUGUGCUUGUCAUCGCUAUGUGUCUUGUCCAUGGACUCAUGAAUGUCUACGCCUUCAAGCUUAUUCCUUGGAUUGAGUUGGUCGCCGGUGUUCUUCACGUCUGCCUCUUUGUCAUCUUCGUCGUUGUUCUUGUUGUCAUGGGCCCACGAAAUCCUUCUUCCUUCUGGUUGGAGCGUAGCAUCUCAUCCGGAUGGGAGAAUAACGAGUACGUUUCGUGGAACUUGGGCAUGCUGACUUGUGUCUGGAGUUUUACUGGCUUCGACAGUGCUAUCCACAUGUCUGAGGAGACCCGCAAGGCCAAGUCUGCAGUCCCCCGAGCUAUGUUCUGGUCGAUCUUCAUGAAUGGAGUACUUGGGUUCAUCAUGGUGAACGUCUUGAUCUCAGCGAUGGGUUCCGUCGAGGACAUGCUUUCUCAGCCCAGUCAGAUCCAAGCCAUCCUCCUCAACGCCACUGGCUCGAACAAGGGAACUACUGCCAUGAUUGCCGGUCUUUUUAUCAUCUCCUUCAGCGUCAACUUGGCCAACAUCGCCUCAGUUUCUCGUCUGACAUGGGCUUGGGCCCGUGAUGGUGGAAUGCCUGGAUACUUUGCCUAUGUCAGCCCCAACCAUCGCGUGCCUGUCAGAUCAGUUAUUCUCACUGUCUUCCUCGUGUGUGCUCUGAAUCUACUCAACAUUGGUAAUACCUCGUAUGUUGCUUUCGGUGCCAUCACUUCCCUGUCAUCGUUGGCUCUGUACAUCAGCUAUGCCAUCGCCAUUGCAAGCAUCAUCUACGUCCGUCUGUCUGGGUCAACACUCAAGCUUGGAGAGUGGAACCUCGGUCGAUUCGGUCUCGCUAUCAAUGCCUUUGCGCUCGUGUACACUCUUUAUGUCAUUAUAUUCCUCCCCUUCCCAUCCACUCUGCCCGUCACCGGCACGAAUAUGAACUACUGUGGGCCAGUGAUGGUGGCCGUUUUAGCUAUUGCUGUCGGUCUUUGGUCCACUCAUGCCAGAAAGAACUGGACUGGGCCUAACCUGACUAUUCUGGAUUUUGUGGUUGCGAAUGCAUCAGAGUAG